GAGUCGAACGGAGAAGUCAAGCGACACUCGAAGCGAUUUAGCGAACACUCAAGUUUCUUACGCUCAGCAGAGCGGACGUGUAGCGCGGCAUAACGAAUAUUUUUUUUUACCAAACUCAAGCUCCAAGCUCCUACGUGCAAAGUCUGCUAGCCUGGAAAAAAAUUGAUAAAUAUCCACACACACACACAUACACUUACGCACAAACGAACAGUUCUUUUUCGCCAUCGAUUUGGUUUGUUGUGGUUUCUUUUUUUCUGCUGCGUUUUCAAAACUCCUUGCGAAACCAUCAAGUCGCAUUCGGUCUAAACAAGAUUAACUACUUCGUUUUUUUUCUGUUUUGCUUGGUAUUCUGUGUUUAGUGCAAGUGGGUUUCCUUACGUUUUAGUGUAUAUUGAAGAAUUUCAUGUGAUCUGGCAACGUGUUUUCCUUGCAGUUCGCUUGCAAUAAGAACUAAUUUUUAAUUCCAAAACGCGAAAACUCAAAUAAACGAAUGAACCGAACUUUUGUAUUCUCAACAAAAUAAAAUUUUGUGUUAUUAAAAUUAACUGUGAAAAUGGUGAAUAACAACAACAAUACUUCGAAAGCCAGUGGCAGCGCAGCCAAUGGCCAUGUGCCCAACGGACAAUUGGCAACUGCGAGCGCGCCGCCGGUGUCCUUUCUCAGCAGCGUUUGGAGCUGGGCGGAUGCCAUUUGGGAUUUCCUUUGGUUCAUUAUAUGCUCAAUCGGCUAUAUUAUCCAGGACCUUUACUACAUUGCCUUGGGUUAUCCCGAAAAGGAAUUGAACACAGAUAUCGCAUUAAUAACCGGCGGAGGUAAUGGACUCGGUCGAUUGCUCGCGCAACGCCUGGGCAAAAUGGGCAGCAAAGUAGUCAUUUGGGACAUAAGUGAAGAAGGUAUCAAGGAGACCAUCGAAAUGGUCGAAGCGGAGGGCGGCUACUGCAAGGGCUAUGUUGUCGACAUUUCCAAAAAGGAAGAAGUGUACAAGGCAGCGGAAGUCAUCCGAAAUGAAAUUGGCGAUGUAUCUUUGUUGAUCAACAAUGCUGGUGUGGUAUCUGGUCGUCUUCUCUUGGAUACGCCUGAUCACCUUAUUGAGCGUUCGUUCAACGUUAAUGUCAUGGCGCAUUUCUGGACCACCAAAGCAUUCCUACCCAAAAUGAUCGAGCAUCAACGCGGACACAUUGCAACCAUAGCUUCACUGGCCGGCCACGUCGGCAUUACCAAACUGGUCGACUAUUGUGCUAGCAAAUUUGCGGCGGUUGGCUUUGACGAAGCAUUGCGUUUGGAAUUGGACGUCCUCGGCCAUAGUAACAUUCAGACCACCUGCAUUUGUCCGUUCUUCAUUCAGGCAACCGGCAUGUUCGACGAUGUUAACGCCAGAUGGGUACCCACAUUGAACCCCAACGCUGUAGCUGAUCGCAUCAUAGUGGCGAUAAAGAAGAACGAAAAGAUCACAAUCAUACCCGGUUACAUUCGUCUGCUGCUUACACUUAAAUGGACCUUCCCUUGGGGCUGUGUGGGUGGUCUACUGCGUCGUCUUGUGCCAGAUGCGGCGCCACAUGGUGUCGCUCAGAAGCCAUUACCCACAGACGUGUCCACUAAACAACAGCAACAACAUGAGCAGAGCGUCACAGUCGCCGCCGCUGCCACCAAAGUCGCCCACACCAGCUUAAUCACGAAGCACACGACCGAUCUAUGCACAGAUUUCAGUGAAACGCUGCCGAAGACCGCCUCGUUGCUGGUGCAACGUACACCGUCGCUGGGCGAGCGUGUUCUCUGAGAUUCGCUGCUGCAUUUCGCCUUGAACUUAUUAAGCGGCUUUGGCAUUUCGUUCUAGGAUCAGUGCGCAUCAGCUGGCGCACUUGUCUAGUGAUAUUACGUUUACUUAGUAUUAUGUUAUUAAUUGUAAUUAGUUUAGAUUCUAACGGCUUAGGAUACGGUUACGAGUAUAAAUAUAAGGCGCUAUGAACAAUAACUUUUAAGUUACGGAUUGUUCCAUAAAAUACUUAUACUAUAUAUACUAGUGGAUCCGGCCACGCGUUGCUGUGGUAUACAUUUUAUACAAUUAUUCA